CACUCUUGCCAGAAUGUUCAGUUGCUUAGGCUAUGUAUAUUUUGUGUGAAGUGAUCACAACAUGGAGAGAUUGCAUGCUCCAGAUUCCAGAACUCCUAUGCAAGCACCAGUUGAAAGUGCAUUUCCCGUUUGUCAGUGUGCUUCAUGUUAAGGGACCUGUUGACGCACUGUUCUUUUGCAGUGCUACUCCAGUGUUUGCACAGCAUGUCACUAAACCCAAGGAAAUUUUCUGACCAUUUCUUUUCAAACUCCUGCUUCUCAGAGUCUGGACCAACUCCAUAAAACAUUUGCAUAGGCUAUUGGAAUAUUUUGUUGUGGUAUAUUUUGUCAUUAUGAGAUGUCGUCUCUCAGUGCUUCAUUUGUGCAAAUUAGAUUUGAUGACUUGCAGUUCUUUGAAAGCUGCGGCGGAGGGAGUUUUGGGAGUGUUUAUCGAGCCCGAUGGAUAUCACAAGACAAGGAGGUGGCUGUAAAGAAGCUGCUCAAAAUAGAGAAGGAGGCAGAAAUACUCAGUGUGCUCAGUCACAAAAACAUCAUUCAGUUCUAUGGAGCCGUUCUUGAACCUCCUAACUAUGGCAUAGUUACAGAAUAUGCUUCUGUUGGCUCAUUGUAUGAUUACAUUAAUAGCAACAAAAGUGAAGAAAUGGAUAUGGAGCAUAUCAUGACCUGGGCAACUGAUAUAGCUAAAGGAAUGCAUUACUUACAUAUGGAGGCUCCAGUCAAAGUAAUUCACAGAGAUCUGAAGUCUAGAAAUGUUGUUAUAGCUGCUGAUGGAGUAUUAAAGAUCUGUGAUUUUGGUGCCUCAAGGUUUCACCACCAUACAACACACAUGUCAUUAGUGGGUACCUUCCCUUGGAUGGCUCCAGAAGUGAUCCAGAGUCUACCAGUGUCUGAAACAUGUGACACAUACUCCUAUGGUGUGGUUCUCUGGGAGAUGCUAACAAGGGAGGUCCCCUUUAAAGGCUUGGAAGGAUUACAAGUAGCUUGGCUUGUAGUGGAAAAAAACGAGAGAUUAACCAUUCCAAGCAGUUGUCCCAGAAGUUUUGCAGAACUGAUGCAUCAGUGCUGGGAAGCUGAUUCAAAGAAAAGGCCAUCUUUCAAGCAGAUCAUUUCAAUUCUGGAAUCCAUGUCCCAUGACAGCAACCUUCCAGAGCAGUGUAACUCAUUCCUGCAUAACAAGGCAGCGUGGAGAUGUGAAAUUGAGGCAACCUUAGAAAGGCUGAAGAAACUGGAGCGUGAUCUAAGCUUUAAAGAGCAGGAGCUAAAGGAACGGGAAAGACGUUUGAGAGUAUGGGAGCAGAAGUUAACAGAACAAUCCAAUACCCCUCUUUUCUUACCUAUUGCUGCAAGAAUGUCUCAGGAGUCUUACUUUGAAACUAAAACAGAGGAGUCAAACAGUGCAGAGAUGUCAUGUCAGAUCACAGCAACAAGUAACGGGGAGGUAGCUGGCAUGAACCAAAGUCUGCAGGCCUUGAUGAUGACGGGCUUUGGGGAUAUCUUCUCUAUGAACCAAGCAGGAUCUGUCCUGCAUUCUGGAAUGCAGAUAAACAUGCAAGCCAAAAAGAAUUCUUCUAAAACCACCUCUAUGAGAAAGGGGAAGAAAAUCAACAUGGCUGUGGGUUUCAGAGAGUUUGACUGGUCAGAUGAAGAUGAUGAUGAUGAUUAUUUUGAUGAUACCGAUGAUUCUAGUGAAUGAAAUUAGAAAUCUAAUUAAAUCUACAAUUGGAUUCUAGCAAAUCAAAGCAAUAAAGUUUCAGAAAAAGCAUCCUGUCAUUUUGGUCUGUUUUAAACCCUGUAAAAGAAACAAAAUGAAAAACACUACUUUUUUUUAGGCCAGUCAUAAUUUGUAUGUUACAAAGAUAUCUUGUUGGUUUUUAGAUUGUGUUGACUUAUUUUUGUUUUGCUGACAUUUGAAACUAAAAUUUCAAAACAAAUCAAGGUUUUUAAAACCCAACAAAUAUAGCUGCAGCUCACAUUUAUGCUGUAACAUUUGGAAAUUUUUGUGGCUGAAUAUCUUUAAGAUGAGAACUUAACAUCUAUUUACUUAAACUGACAUCUGUUACUUUUCUCUUUGGGUUUUUGGGUUGUUUGUAGUUUUCUUUACUGUUUUAUUGUUGAUCAUACAAAUAUAUUUGUGCUUCCCUGAGGACUUUUCCUAUACAAUUCAUUGUUUCUGACUGCUACAGUGAAGUUCUCUUGAUAAAUUUGUGAUGUGAUAUAAAUACAUUUCUAAGAAGGACAAGCAUGGUUGAGAAAAAUAAAGCUUUUGCAGACACACAGUUUAAGAAACAGCAACUGCAUAUAGACAACCACUGGUCAUAGAUAAUUUUUUAUAAAUGUUCUUUUCUCUCUUUCACUUCAGUUUUUGAAAUUCACCCUUAACACAAUCAAUUUUAAAAUAACGCCUCACCACCUAAUAGCAUUGUUAUAAUCUGCAAACUCAUUGGUUUUCUCUUACAUUGGUGUAAAUCUAGGAAAUCUCAUUAAUUUUGAUGGAUUUACUCUGAAUUUAUUCUGGUUUCACUGAGAGCAAAAUUGGUCUAGGUUAUUUACAGCAAUUUUUUAUUUUGCUCUAACUAUUAAACCAUUUAUCACUGUUCUUCCCAUAGAAGGAGCAAGAGAGACAUUUUAAAAGUGUUUGGGCCCCCCUACUGUGGCUUAAGUUAAAUUCUCAGUGAUGACGUGAAGAAUAUUCUCUAGCAUUUAAAUAUCCAUUUUUCUGCUGUGAAAUCAUUUAAAAAUAUUACCACUCUUGUUAUGCUUCAUCUUACAAUUGAGUAUAUAAGUAUCUGCUUCAGUAAUUACUCCACAGACAUUUUAUUUGGAACAGUGAAUGUAUUUUCCUGGUGUCCUCUUUAGCAGUGGUAUAGAAAGAGAGAAGGAAAUAUACAUAUAUAUGUUCACACCUACAGAUGCAGAAUAAAGGCCCAUUGUAAAAUGUUUGCCAAAUGAAAAAGGCCAAAAAAAAGUAUAGAAAAGUGUUACUUUUCUGUUCAAAUGGAUUUAAAGGUAUAAUUAACCUCCUAAGUGUCAUGUGUUGAUGAGGUUUCUCUCAUGAAAAAAGGAGAUUAGUACUGUCUAAAUAUCUCAGGAUGUGGACUCAUUAAAUUAUAGCAGUCUUGAAGUUGGUUCUCCACGAGUUUGGAACAUUAUAGUCUACUAUUUAGAAAUAACAAGAUAAAAAGCUUUUGAGAUAUUUUAAAAUGAGCUUUUCAAGGGUGAUGAGUGCAAUCUUUGAGAGGUGAAAGAUGGGCCCAGUAGCGCUCUGAUAAUCUGCAAAGCACUCAGUGCUUUCAACUACGCUUGAGUUCAACUGGAGCUAAAAGUGCUCAGCGCUUCACAGACUUGGGCCCUUAACUAUAUAAAAGUAUAGAAUUUGAGCUAAGUUCCACCCUCUUGCUAGCAGGUUCAAAUCCAUUGGCUUGAAGUUAACUGUGAUAUCUGGGGCAAUUUUUUCAUGCUAGUAAGUAUUUGUAAUUUCUACACUGAACAGUUGACAAAGAAUAGAAAAAGGGCAACCAAUUAAAUCGAAAUGGCAGCAAACAAGCUACUUCCAAAUGUACAUUUGUAUUGUUUUUUAAGUUUGAACCUGCUAACAGCAAUAGCGGUGAUAUUAUUUUUAUAACCGCUGUACCCCACAUAGGAAAAAUUGAACAAUCUGUAUAAACUAAUUUGUAUGUCUGUUUUAAACUACUGUGCCAUAUUUCUAGUGUAGAAUUGUACAGCUGUAAGUGAAGUCAAAAUUGAACCCAGUAUGUUUAGAAAUGCAAAAAAGAAGUCUCUUCUUAGCACUGAUAUUUUGCACUUUUUAAGUACCUAAUAAUCUGCACGCACUUUAUACAUAUGUGUGUUGGUUUUAAUUAGAUAUGCAAAUCCACGUCUUGAUUUAAAUCUGCACCUAAUAAAAUAUUCCAUCACUAUUAUUAUAUCAUGUGACCUUUUUGUUGAGGAUAGAUAUUCUCAUGCAUCUCCCAUUAAGUGCAGAGGAGUUAUUUGAGCAUAAUAAAUGGAAUAAUUUGACAUCUUGUACAUAGAGUUCAGAGCUGGAAACAGAAUUUAAAUUUAGUUUUCAAUGAAAAACAAGCACAUGCUUAUGAAUUGUCUCAUUUUUAACCAGCUUUAAUAAAGAUAUAUUGAGAAAUAAAGCAAUAACUCUUCAAACACUUGUUUUCAUCUUCACAUUUGAAAGGUCUUAGAACUGUUGUAAAAGAAAGAUCCACUGAGCUCAAGGCUUUCCCAAAACUUUCCUGUUCUAAUUUUUUUUAAGUAUGAUUAUAAUCAGAACAGUAGCUUGUCUUAAAAAAAUGACAUUGUAGAGAUCUUUUUUUAUUCUCCUGCAAUGACUUUUAUGCAAACAUACUGUUUACAAACAAAAAUAAAUCAUGCUUGAUUAUCAAGCUGAUAAUCCAUCCUCACUUUUCAGUAUUUGAAUUUUGAAAGAUUUUGAUUGACAGUUCUAUUGAUAUGGAGGCAGAACAAAAUCAUUUUGAUCUUCUACAGUUGAUUUUGCUCUGCAAGACCAACAGGAUUAAACUUAUUUUUUAAUCUUUCUAGACAUGUUAUCACCAAAGUGUCUACAAUAGUUAGUUAACAGUUUUACAUAGCAUGUCACAUGAUUAAAGCAUUAACCAAAAGUUAACUAAUGAAUCCUCCCAGGAUGCUAUAAGGUAGAUAAGGUAAGCGGUUGUUAUCCUAUUUCACAGCCAAGGAAUCAGAUUUAGAGAAAUUAGAGGCCAAAUCUGGACUUUUAGUUUUUACUCAGUUGUUAUACUUAAACUAACACUGGCUUCUGUGAGGCAUAUUUUCUGAUCUGAGUUAAUUCAGAGUUUGGCCCCUUUAUUUGCCCAAAGCCACAUAGUGAGUUGAGAUUAGAACUCAGAGUUUCCUAACUCCUGAGAGAGCCUGUUCUCUUUCUUUCAGACUUGGAAACAUGCAAGGAAUAGAUAUUGUGAGUAACACUAUUUUAAUGUACUCACUUUUCUGACUGAUAGCACGUAAUGCUUUAGAAUAACAGUUGCUCUGUGAUCUAAUGCUUAGAUCUAUAGACUUAGUUUCAGGGCUUAUAUAGUUUGUGGAGGAUUUGGGACAUGCUUGAUCAGCUAGCCAUAACUGUUAAUUGUAGUACUUGGUCUUAGUCUCCUCUAGAUGCUGGGGAUUACUGAGGCAUGAGAUCUGAAGUAGCUCUUCCACACAUGGUCAUGUUUUUGACUUGUUCAUUUCUCAUUUGGAGUAUUUUGUUAGAUGUUGAUUUCAUUUCCUUGUAGAUCUUAAAACAGUUUAUUGUUCUUAAAUAUUGAUACAUUAAUGAUUUUAUUGCUAUCAGCAGCAGUAAAUCCAGUGCACGCAUAAUAAAGCUAAUAAGUAACUAGCAAAGUUACUGUACAUCUUUAGUAAGCUAUUUCUUGUUUUUAUAAUAAGGCAGCUUUUACAGGAUUUUAAUAAGAUCUCCAACUUGACAGAGGUUUAAUUAUAGGCCAACAGAGAAUCCAUUCUGUUGUUCCAACUUUCAUGUAGCAAUAUAUACUUACAGGAAAUGCAGUAAUUUUUACAGUUAUUAAAAUCUACUCAUAGAUAUCUGGAGAGGAAUGCAUUUUCCCCCUCAGACUUCAAUUUGGUGCACAUUGACACUUUGAAGUCAGUAUAGAGAUUUCUGGGGUGUGAAGAUUUAGUUUCAGGACUGAACCAACAACCUACGUUAAACACCUUACAUUGUGUGCAACAAUAUAUUCUGCUGACUUUUAAAGUCAGGAAUAAUCCACUGCAUUUUCUUGCUUAUGCACUCUUUAAAAAGUUUCGUAUUGAAUAUAGGAAAUGAUUCUAUUUAUACUCCAAGCGUGAGCAGAUUACAUUUGAAUAGAAAAUAUUUUCAGUGUUAGAAAACUUCAUCCCUUCCUACUGAAAUACUAUGCUGAGAAAAACCUAUGCCAAAAUUAUUGUGGUGUAAACUGAUUAGCUAAUUUGUAUGGAACAUGCAAUGUUACACCCUCUUGUGGUAAGACUUUUCAGUAGUCAGUUGUUUUCUUCACUGCACUUAACGUGAUGUCUUGCUUUAUUCACAGUAUAGAUUGGUUUUCCAGUUUUUAAAAAAAGUAAUGUAUUCAAUUUUCUCAGUUGGUGUCAUACACUUUUAUUUUGAUGUGAAGUUUUUUCCUUUGCUUCUCUUUGUUCAAAACUUCUAUUUUGCAAUAAACAUUUUGACAGUAAAUUUUUUUGCCUCU